CGCAUGGAUCGCUUCCCGUGUGACGGGUGGCUACAUCUCACGGUUAGCAGCGCGUCCGAUGAGAUCUCGGUAUCAAUGAAGCAUGCCGAGGACCAUGUCGCAUAUACGGAGCUCGCGCUCCCGGAGAAAUGGAAGGCGUACAUUCGUGAGAAUGCACGGAGGCAAACCCCGGGGCAGGUGCGUGCUUGCGUUUUAAUGGUAGAGGACGACCUACCGUAUGGUCCGAACGCCGUCUACUACUACUGGCAUAUCAUCAGCCGAGAGGAGUGGCGGUUGGCGGACGACCCGCUCGCAUCUGCCCGCAAGUUUGUUGAGGAAAGAGGUGAAAAGCACCACAUCGCGUUGCUUGACGUCGAGGCGGCUCCCGGCACGGAGACAUUGGCUUUCUAUGUCACUGAUUUUGUGGAGAUGUGGGCAAAGCAUACACAAGAGUUGGCGAUGGAUUCGACAUGGAACACCAAUGGCGGCAAUUUCGAACUCUUUGCAGCCGUCGCCGACGCAGAUGGCGCCGGUGUCCCACUGGCUUUCCUCUUCAUCCGGACCACUAAAGAUGCCGCUCCUGGCGCCAAGCAGGCGAUCCUGGAACGCUUCUUGGGACACCUCAAAGCGUUUGAUGUGGAUCCGGAGUUCACGCUGACCGACAAGGACUGGUCGGAGAUCAACGCGAUGGCCGCAACCUGGCCCGAUGCCAAGCAGCAGCUAUGCUUUUGGCACGAUGUACGUGCCGUCAAGCAGCGCCUUUGCAAGAACAAGGACACACCUGCGUUUUACGACUCCGUCGCGGCCAAUCGCGAGUUCCCAUUCAUUGACAUCAACUUUGUGCCGGCUGCGCAACGCGUUGCAGACGGCAAGGAGCCAGUACGUCCACGCUCGAGGUCUCCCACCUACUGCUUUUGUCCUGCCCCGCAUCGUCUCCCCGUCAUUCGCAUCCAUUCCAAGCAAGGCUGUCAGCACCCACUAUUCCCAGAACGACACGGUGAGGCUCGGUCCAGCGAAGACAUCUACCGUGAUGCGGUCCAAGAGAUGUAUCUUCACUGCAAGGCGAACAACCUUGCCGAGGUCUGGGCCUAUCUCUGGAAUUCGUGGUACCGGCGCCCACGCUGGAAGCUCUGGGCUCGUUCGGCUAACGCAAAGAGCAUCCCACGGAAGCGGACGACCAUGAUCGUUGAAGCAUUGUGGCGCAACCUCAAGCGCCUCGUGCUUUACAUGUACAAUCGCCCACCCAUCGAUCUCACGCUCUACGCAGUCGUCACAAAGGCGCUGCCU